GAACAGAACUCAGACAUAGAAGACCAGAACAUCAGAGACCAGAACAUCAGAGAAUAUCUCAGACAAUACAAUCUUCAGCAUCUCAACCAUCUCUGAACCAUGAAGACCCUGACUGCUCUACUCCUCCUGGGACUGCUCUGCUCCCUCCAUACAACGUCUGCAGGUGUCGUUAAGUUGGAAAUGGCACCUGAAUGCUGUAUGAAAUUCAGCGCGAGGAUCCCUCUUCAACAUGUAGUUUCUCUCAGAACAACCUCCAGUAGCUGCCCUCGCAAAGCACUGCUUUUCACCACAAAGAAAGGGAAGACAUUUUGUGUUGACCCUUCUGAAGCCUGGGUCCAGAGUCAUGUGACCAAGAUUGAGAGCAGAACCCAAUGAUGUCAUUGAGAUUAUAGAGGAGGUUCAAUGUAAUGUACUAGGUUAAUAUCCUAUCUGAGAUUGGUAUGGAUUAGGUUCAAUGUAAUGUACUAGGUUAAUAUCCUAUCUGAGAUUAUAGAGGAGGUUCAAUGUAAUGUACUAGGUUAAUAUCCUAUCUGAGAUUGGUAUGGGUUAGGUUCAAUGUAAUGUACUAGGUUAAUAUCCUAUCUGAGAUUGGUAUGGAUUAGGUUCAAUGUAAUGUACUAGGUUAAUAUCCUAUCUGAGAUUAUAGAGGAGGUUCAAUGUAAUGUACUAGGUUAAUAUCCUAUCUGAGAUUAUAGAGGAGGUUCAAUGUAAUGUACUAGGUUAAUAUCCUAUCUGAGAUUGGUAUGGAUUAGGUUCAAUGUAAUGUACUAGGUUAAUACCCUAUCUGAGAUUGGUAUGGAUUAGGUUCAAUGUAAUGUACUGGGUUAAUACCCUAUCUGAGAUUGGUAUGGAUUAGGUUCAAUGUAAUGUACUAGGUUAAUACCCUAUCUGAGAUUGGUAUGGAUUAGGUUCAAUGUAAUGUACUGGGUUAAUACCCUAUCUGAGAUUAUAGAGGAGGUUCAAUGUUAUGUACUAGGUCUAGGAUAAACUAAUUUUUAUUUGUCAAUAACUGUAAACACAUUUGAUAUAUCCUGUGAAGGAGUGGUUCAUGUUAUUCAAUUAAUGAAUUUACAGAUAUUCAUUUUUUGUAACUAGAUAUUUUAUACUGAUAUAGAUAUUAAUGGUUUGUAACUAGAUAUUUUAUACUGAUAUAGAUAUUAAUGGUUUGUAACUAGGUCUAUUCUACUAACACAGAUAUUGUAUUUUCUACGAUACUUUCAACCGGUCUGUCGUUUUAUUAAUUAAUAAAUGACGGCUUCUGAAGAA